GCGGCCUUUUAACCUUUUCGCUAUAUUCUCAGUAUCUGCAGAAAUAAGAAUGGCUAUUGCCUUUCCUCAGCCCUUCAUGCACCCCAAGACACUGCCUGUUGGUCUCGUUACUGAAGCUGCCAAGGACACAAUUUUCAGGGAUAAGACCUCGGAAGACCCCCAUACGCCUUUACCGCUGGAUCAGGAUAGCUACUUUCAAUUUUCGGCCGCCGCCAGUAACUUGAAGAAUGUAUCUUACACGAUUUCUGGUGGAGACGAGGGUGCUGAAUCUCGAGGCGAUGAGCUCAACGGUGGUGUUUGGACAUCAGAAGAAGAAGAAUUCAUCAAGCUUGUAAUGUCGCGACCAGCAAGGGAUUUUUCGGUUCCCUUCCCUCCGGAUGCUCUUCCUCCAUCCGCUGUCAUUGAUGAAAUAACCGAUUACAUUGCUAUACCCGGAAUAGCUGCACAUGCCUCUGUUGACGGACAAACUGCCACGCAUGGUGAUAAUCAGCUGCAGCUUUGGCCCCAUACAUGGCAAGAAACUAGGAUUAAAGUCCUCCAAAUAGCAUUAGAGCAAAGCAGGUUUGGACGCGAUGUAAAGGAACGAAAGCUCCCUCGCGAAAUAAGGAAUCAUCGCCCAGGUCUAAGAAGGAUGGACAGUAUGGAUUUCCUUGAUCAGGAGAAAACAGAAGGAGUUUCAGAGGACCAUCUAGGUCGUGCUCUCAGGCUUUCUUCAUCUCUGCAAUCCAGCGCCCAGGACGAGAAAACGAACAUAAUGUUUCAACAACCUAUCGCCAUCGAAUCACUCCGACCACAAUCGCAUUCAGUCACAUCAUCUGAACCUUUAAUUCCAGCAAAUCCAGUCUCACGAGCAUUUAGGAGGUGUAAUUCAAAAUCUUCUCGACCAUCUAGUCUUCUCCAAAGGGGUCGGAGCUUCACUGCGGCAGAUCUCCAGAUGGAAGAUGAAAAUCUGGAGGAAGACGAUAGGGGAACAACAUUUCUCACAGCAAGGGGCGAACAAGCAUCAUCCUCUACACGAGCAAUCGGAACUCACCAAUAUGAAAAGAAAAUCAACCUGAUACAGCCUAUGACAUCCAUAACUUCCCAAAGUACUUCCGAAACAUCGUCGAAGCCUCCAGCCAGGCUAAUCAGAUCAAAUUCGUCCUAUUCUGUGGCGAACGCUGCUCCAUAUUCCUCGCAGAAGAUGUUCCUUUCGACACCUCAGCCCUCCACGGCCCAAUCAUCUAUAAUGCCACUUAGCCUUCAACCCUCAAUGAAACUUUCAGUAUCAAAGUCGAGAAGAACUAAUAAUGGGCGUGACUUUAACCAGCCGGCUUUUAAGAAAGCAAAACGAAGAGACGGAAAUGAAUAUCAGGUCAAGCCUGGUGGGAUUCCAAUUCAACAUUCUUUGUUGCAAGGUGGUUUGCAGAGCCCCUUUGAGGAGAAGAAGGGGCUGGAUCUUUGAUACUCUUGUAUUCACAUGACGCCAGCCCUACCAAUAUAUGGUAAUAUUCAAAACCUGAGAAUAUCGGUAUCUACACGGACAGACACCUCAUCACAGCUUACAUUGGAAGCCAGAAAGACCUGGUGAAGUAGCGUAAUGUAGAGCAGUUGCAACAGGGAUAGUAGUUAGUACAAGUGACAAAGUCGCAGACAAUGGAGUAAUGUGACGUAUGCCACUCAAGAAUGACCUUAUGACA